AUGCCCCGUCAAGCGUUUUAUCGGAUCUUUCUUUAUCUUUCAGGAUAUGCAUGGGUUACACUGGCUACGAACGAUGCCUAUUCUCUGGGAGCCCUGGUUCUGGCGCAUUCCUUACGCCGAGUCGGCACUAAGCACGAAUUGGCCUGUCUCGUUACUCCCGGAGUUACGGCGACCAUGAGGGAAAAAUUAGCGGCAGUAUUCUCCUUGGUGCAGGAAGUCAAUGUUCUUGAUUCGAAGGAUGAGGCGAAUCUAGCCUUAUUGGCUAGACCAGAAUUAGGCAUUACUUUUACCAAAUUACACUGUUGGAGGCUAACUCAAUACGAGAAGUGUGUAUUCGUCGAUGCAGACACGCUUGUCGUACGAAAUUGCGAUGAGUUAUUCGAGCGAGAAGAACUAUCGGCUGCGCCCGAUGUCGGCUGGCCUGACUGCUUUAAUUCCGGAGUAUUUGUAUUCAGACCAUCUCAACAAACGUUUGCAUCAAUCACCGCAUUCGCCGCUGCUAAGGGUUCGUUUGACGGCGGUGAUCAAGGAUUAUUGAACAUGUACUUUAGCGACUGGGCUUCCAAGGAUAUCUCCAAGCAUCUACCGUUCAUCUACAACAUGUGUUCUACCGCGACAUACUCUUAUCUCCCCGCAUUUAAACAAUUUGGUGACGACGUGAGGAUAAUUCACUUUAUUGGCAUAACGAAACCGUGGUUACAGUAUUUCGAUACCCUGACCGGCACCGUCCAACCACCACCGGGAUCAUCACAUUUGCAACCGUUGUUGCAACUAUGGUGGAAUAUAUUCUGCGAGCAAGUGCAUCCCCAACUAUCGUCUUCCAUGGCCACCAGCACAUUGGCUCCAAUUUGGCACGCAUUUUCUCCCCCGUCCUAUGUACCCUCUUUACCCGAUAUCUUCGAUUACUCCGACACAAUAAAUAGCAACAACUCUCGAGAGCCGGAUUUUUCGGAAUUUAAAGAUCCCUGGGAAGUGUACUCUUUGCGGAACGAUCUGUUUCCGACUGACGAUAGCGCACUGAAUGAUAAGAGCGAAAAUUGUUACUGCGGAGUUAAAGAGGCGGAUGCUGUUCGUCAAAGUGACCAUAGUGCAUUCCAACUCGCACAUAAUCAGCAAUUUCACUACGAGCAACAGCAUUCAUCUUAUACGCCUAUUCAAACGUAUGAUCAACGUCAAGAACAUGCAACCUCUCGUUUUGAAGAAAAUCGUAAUCAAGAGCAUUCUGUGCACACUGAACAUCAUCACUGGCAGCAACACAGUGAACAUAGACGUCACGAUGAACAGCAUCAACAUGAACAAUGGACUGAACAGAAACAUCAUUAUGUGCAACAUCAACAUCACGAGCAUAGGUAUAAUGAGCAGCAGCAUUACAACGAACAGAUACAACAUAGCGAACAUCACCAACAGUUUCAUCAAUAUGAUUAUCACAGAAAUAAAGCGGAUGAUCAUCAUCAGAAUCAAUCAGCUGAAGUGGGGCACGAGAAUCACGCGCAACACUACUCUAGUGAUAAUAGUCAUCAAAACGCGGAUUAUCUGAGUCAUGCUGCUUCUCAUAAUGAGUCUCAUGCGCAGUAUACUACUAAUCAAAAUGCUCAGGACAACUUUGCAUCUCAUUGCAGUCGAUGCAGCGAAAAGAAUAGCGAGCAGGCGUCGGAAGCUGCGAAUAAGCAGAUAGACACACGGAGAAUCGAUUUCCUUCCUCCCUCUCCUGAACCUUGUACAGAUCUCCACAAUGUAGCCACGCGAUCUGACCCGAAUGUAACGGAACAUCUAGACAAUGCAAAUACUGGUAUCGCCGGUGCCCUGGCUCAACUAACAUUGGGCGAAGCGAGAAGCGCCGAACAAGUAGCUUUUGAGGAGCAUAUGAGAAAGCAAAGCUGGGAACAAGGACAGAUCGAUUACAUGGGUCGCGAUAGUUUUGAUAAUAUAUGGAAGAAGAUUUGCGAAACGCUCUCCCUCGCGCCGCAACAGGAGACAAUUUCACCUACAGAGAAUACCGCUACUUUGGAGGCUGCUGUAAAAGAGACUGCUGUCAGAGAGACUGUUGCAAAAGAGACUGCUGAUACACCUAUAGAUGCCAAAGUGAAUAAACCAGCUGUUGAAGCCGACAAGGAUCCAACGCAAUCUCUAAUAUGCGAAGUUCCUAAAGAGGAGGAACUUUCGGCAGCAGUCCCCCAACAGAAAGCUCCUGCAUUAUCUUCCGAAAAAAUGGAAGCUACCGCAAAAAUAUCCAGCGAUCCAGUACAAUCCGAAGACGUUUGUGUGAAACCGACAACGGAACCAAAGGAUGUAAAAUUGUGCGAAGUCUGUCCUGAAGUGCCUCCGCUGCAGUCGCCGGCAGAACUUCCGCCGUUGCUUGCAAGAACAACUGCGGAACUAUGUGAGUUCUCAAGCCCGCAAACGAAGCAAGAAGCGGCGCCUCAAAACGCAAGCCUUCUUCUCGAAGCAAAAGAACCGAAGCAACAAAUUGAUUUGCAAAUAUCCCCUUUGAUUUGCAAAGUGCCUGUGCAAGAAACAAUUAUGCCAGUUACGCAAAUUAGCAUCGAGUCAGCAUCUACUGAGGCCAAACCAGAAACCCCAGCUUUUACCGAUCAAGAUGCCACGCAGCCUGUAGCUCUGACUAGCGUAGACAGUCCGCAGAUUGCAGCAACUUCUCCUAUAGCAAGCCAAGCGUCAGUAGAAGACACUGCAAAAUGUGUAAUCGAAUCCAUGCCUGACGUAACACAACCUCUCACGAUAGAUCCGGGCGAGCAGCAUGCGGAGAUGCUGUUAGCGGCUUCUGAGAUUUCCACUGUAAAUCCUGUGCCUAUUCAGGUGGCGGAAUCGGUUCUCCAGGCUGAACCUAAGGAAUCUGUGUUGGGCGCAGCUAUAACUGUGAGUGAUCAAGCGAUUGCCUCGAUGGUCAUGGCUGUACAUGAAUCCCAGGAUAUCGCUUCUGCAUCGACCCCGACAGAGCCUGUUCAGUUGAACGGAUCAGCUUGUGAAAUUGAGAGAUCCGGCGACAUUUUCAGUCUAUUAGAAGAGACUGGUGUUCUUUCUGAAGCUACCAAAGAACCAGCAAGCGAUGUAGUUACGACUAGAGAUAUACUAUCAGAGACAUCACCGGCUACUGAAGAAAAGAUAUUAAUCAGUAGUAGUGUAGAACCCUUAGAAGCAUUAUCUGUGGAAGAAUUAACGGAACAGGUUGCGAAAAUAGAAAUGACAGAGGUGAAACUUCCAGAACAGAAGCUGGAAACGGCCGAAGUAAAACUUUCGGAGCUGAUUACAAAGACAGAAGCUGUAGAAGAGAAGUCUGCUGAGACAGCUGCGAAAGCUGAGACAACGGAAGCGAUCGUGAAACAAGCGAAAACAGUCGCACAAGCUGAAGUAACAAAAUUAUCAAUUGAACAAACAGAAGUAACGGAAGCAGCAACGAGAUCGCCGAGUGAAGUUUUGGCAUCACCAAUUGCUGAGCAAAGUCCACUGGCAGAAGAACCCAUUGAAGCGAAACCAUCAAAUGUUCCAUCGACGCCAACGGUGACUGAAGCCUCACCGCCGAUCAGUCCGUCCGUGGAAAGUGCGCAGGAGAUGGAGGAGGCCGCGAAGAAGAGCCUGAAGAAGUCCGAUUCAACGGACGGCGCCGACGGGGAGGGCGCGGACAAGAAGGCGGCGAAGAAGACUGUGAAGAAGGUGACGAAGAAACCGAAGGCAAAGCCCGAAGAGGCGGCACCCUCAACCGCGACGGAGAGCGUUGCCACGGACGGCUCGCAGAACAAGACGAAGAAAACCGUGAAGACAACGAAGAAGACUGGCGCAAAGACCCUGGAAGCCGACACAAGCAUACCAGAAACCCCGCCGCCGCCAACACUAACCGGCGCUGUCGGCGUUGACGCUCCAGUUCCACCCAAGCGGAAGACGAAGGGCAUGAACGCAAAGGGAACAACUGGUAAAAAGUCUGAGACGGAAGAGUAACCAGUUCAAGUCGACAAUAACGGUCUCAAAUAGUUCAAGAGUCCGA